CUCGCUGAGCAGCAGAGCGGGACAGAGAGGAGAGGAGGAAGAAGGAGGAGGAGCAGGAGGAGUCCCUGCGGGCGGCGGGUGCUGCCCAGCCGAGGAUGGCUGCAGCUGCGGCGGCCAAGGAGCCCCAGUCGGAGCCUCCUCCGUCGGAGCCGGCGCUGGCUCCUCCGAGGAAGCGGGGCGGGGACCCUCGGCGGAGGCAGGCGGCCCUCUUCUUCCUCAACAACAUCUCCCUCGACGGGCGGCCGCCCCAGCAGCAGCCUCCAGCCUCCGGAGAGGAGGAAGCGCCCCGGAGGGUCAACGCCGAGGAGCCCGGGCACCCCUCCGCCGCCGCCGCCGCCCUCCUGCCUCAGCUACUCCUGGGGACUAGCCCCCUCUGCCCGGCCCCCGCCGCCGUCGCCGCCUCCGCUCCCCCGGCGCCCCUGGGAGCCCCCUCGGCCCUGGCAGGGAUGAUGCUCCUGGGAGCCACCGCCGCCACCGGCCUGGCAGCCCCCGCCACCGCAGCCCUGCUCAGCCCCGGCCCCAGCAGCGCAGCCCCGGCCCCCGGAGCAGCGGCAGCAGCGGCAGCAGGGAUCCCCUGCUUGGAGGGACAGAGGCACAGAAGGCGUUUUAUCUCCCAGCGCUGCUCUCUAGAGUUUUUAGAAGACAUAGUGGAAUGUGCCAGUGUCCGAAGAACCAAGCACAUAUCUGGAUCUCCAAGACACAAGGGCCUGAAGAAGAUGCACUUCAUUAAGAACAUGAGGCAGUAUGACACAAGGAACAGCAGGAUAGUAUUAAUUUGUGCUAAACGAACAUUAUGUGUGGCUUUUUCAAUCUUGCCUUAUGGGGAGAGUUUACGGAUCAGUGAACUGAGGAUAGAGGGGCAGAAACAAAGACAUCCUUCUGGUGGUGUUUCAGUCUCUACUGAAAUGGUGCUAGGAAUGGAAGGUGUCGAGUUGGGAGCUGAUGGCAAGGUUGUGUCUUAUGCAAAGUUCUUGUAUCCAACCAAUGCUCUCGUUGGCCGCAAAAGUGAGGCCCAUGGUGCUGUUUCUGUGUGCCGAGCUCCUGUUCCACGGGGGGCUGGCAGUUCAAGAUACAAAACUCCAGUGGCCAAAACGAUACCUUCCACAGCAGAUAUUGGAAAUGAUGUUGGAGAGUUAAUAGAAUACAAUCCCAAUCUCCUUGAUGAUCCUCAGUGGCCCUGUGGGAAGCACAAGCGUGUCCUCAUCUUUGCAUCAUACAUGACCACCGUAAUAGAAUAUGUGAAACCCUCAGACCUUAAAAAGGAUAUGAAUGAAACCUUUAAGGAGAAGUUUCCUCAUAUCAAGCUCACAUUGAGCAAAAUCAGAAGUUUAAAGAGAGAGAUGCGGAAUCUGAGUAUGGAAUGCAACCUAGAGCCAGUAACUGUGUCCAUGGCUUAUGUUUACUUUGAGAAACUUGUCCUCCAAGGCAAGCUCAACAAACAGAACCGAAAACUGUGUGCUGGUGCUUGUGUGCUGCUCGCAGCCAAGAUUAGCAGUGAUCUCAGGAAACAUGAAGUCAAACAUCUUAUUGAUAAAUUAGAAGAGAGAUUCAGAUUCAACAGACGAGAUCUCAUUGCAUUUGAAUUUACUGUACUUGUGGCUUUGGAACUAGCCCUUUACCUUCCUGACAACCAAGUCUUACCUCACUUUCGCCGUCUCACACAGCAAUCCUAGCCAAAACUGCUUUCUAACAAAGUGCCAGUACUUGGAUCCUGAACUUCAUGGUUGGCGAUCAGCAUUCUCUGUGCCACAAUAUUGAACAUUAUUAUUACACCUGGGAUCCUUACGGAGCUACCAGGGUGGAGUGAGCAAAACAGAUUCAAGGUGUCAGAUAUGAAAUGCUGAUUUGGACAUUUAAGCACAAAUGAUCUGCAACUAAUUGCCACUAGAAGCUGCUGGGUCUUACAUUAUGUACGUGGUGUUUUUUGAAAAACACAGAAAUAGUCCGAUCUCUCCAGGCAUUGCUCUUUUGUCACUUCCAUAAACUUAUCAUUCUCUUUUCCCACUUUCUUGAAUGUAAAAGAGAAUCGUCUCCAUUCCAAAAUGUGGUAUGCUUCAAAUCAUAUUGCUGAGAAUUCCUUUUUUUUUACACCUUAAACCACAAUAACAUGUAUUAUAGGGGGGAAGAUGUGCCUAAUGCUGGGCUGGGCUGGGACCAGUUUAUCUCUCUCCAUCUCUUAUUAAGUUAUAUGACGAAUUCUGAAUUUAAACAGCAGUGUAUUCUUUUGCCUUCCUUUACUUUGUGCUGUAAAGAAAACAGUUCAAGAGCAAUAUUCUGCUCAGUCCUGGGGGCGGUGGAGGGGAGUUUUGUUUUCCUUUUUAAAACUGAAACAUGUCUCUCAAAUGUUGCACUUGUUGAACAAGGCAGCUAUAACAAAAACAAUUCUCAUUUUAACACUGUCCUUCAGAGAAUGACUGAAGGUUGUUUGAUUUACAUUGGUAAUUUCGUUUUCUAGUUCCCAGAGCUGACGUCUUUCUGUCCUUGCUUACUGCACACUGAAACCAAUAACUGUUUUAUUUAUAACAAUGUUUUUUAUGUAUUGUCUUUCCUGUAUGCUCUUAACAAAUAAAUGUCUCUGCCAGUACAGUUGCUGUUAUCUAAAUUAAGCCAAUGAAACUGAGCAUGUGUGACUUACAUAAUACUCCUUUCUCCCCCCUUAUAAUUUGGUUCUUCCAAGUUGAUUUCCACUGUGAUGAUCCACAUGAACCUGACUUCAUUGCACAUUAAAUCGCCACCCUCAAAAGAGGUAAUUGUCCAGCUGCGUGGUGGUAUACAGAAGAUUCAAGUUCUACCAUAGUUAGCCAAAUAUUUUGGCCUAAGCAUCCAGAUGUUAAAGUAUGAACUGCAUAUCUUUUUGAACUUGUAGCAGAAGAAUCAGUAGCUGGCGGGUUUCUUUUAUGAGCAAUAUUGUGAUACAAGUCAAAGUAUUUAUGUGUGUGAGUCUGUGUAAUAUUUAUUAGUCAACAAGAUUAAUAUUUGCGUGUUGUGGUUGAGAAAUUAAUACUCCUGCCUUUUUCCUGUGACAUUGGCCAGUUCUAAACAUCAUGCAGAAUGAGAUAUUAGAGUAAGGCACAGGAUUGUGGAUUGCACCACUACAGAUAAAAGAGGAUAGUUUUUCAUUUUGCCACUCCUUCACUCCAUUGCAUAGUGAUCCAAGCACACUAGAAGGGCUUGGAUGAACCAGUUUCCCUGAUGUACUCUUUUACUGUAUGCAUGUGCUUUAUAUAAAAUGCCAUACAAAAAAAAAAAAAAUACAAACCCCUGUGCAAGUCUAAAGUGGUGCAGUUCACAAUUCCUGACUGUGUAAACCCUUAUAUUAGCUCUUAGAAACCAGGUCUCUUGCUAAAACAAAGAGGGCUAUAUGCUUUCCAGUACCUAGAAUGCUGGCAGUUUUACUGAGGUGCAUGUAUUAAAUUGCCAUGAAAUAAAGGGAGAAGUCACAAAGCAGUACUAGAAAAAAUUGAAAGAGCAUGUGGCUAUCAGUGCAGUGCCUCAUAUGGCAUUACUCAACAUGAGGAGGACUUUGCUUCUUGGUCCCUGAUUUCUGGGACCUCUGCAUUAAAUGGAAAAAUGACAUGGAUAAAUCAUGUUAGAUCAAGCCAGUUUCAUGUGACCAAAAUUGCUGCAAACACAGCCUCCGUAAUUGGGUUUGGAUAUUAAAUAUAAGUAAUAGUAUCAGUCAAGUCAUUAUUAUUUUUAUAUAAUGUAAUACAGGGAUAUACAAUGCAGUACAAAGUUUAAUAUAUGCAUAUGUGCAGUGUACCUUUCGCUGUUCAGAAUAUGAAAUGCAGUGUGUCUUUUUUCUGAACAGACUUUUCAUAAUCCAGAAUGACACCCUAACAUUUUCCCAAGACAAAUUUAGAGAUUGAUUCAUGGGGUAUUAAAGCAUAUGGCCCUCCGCUUGCAACUGAAAGAGGCUGUAAAAUGUUCACCUAAUUUGUUGAACAAAAUGGCUUAAUACACAGUGUGUCCAGAAUGAUUGUAAAUGUAACCUUUUCUAAUUGAUGCAGUUGUUACAUUAUCCAGGGGGGAAAUUGGGUUUGGCGAGGGUGGACUUGUGCGUAGGACUGUUUGUAGAGAGCUUGGUAAGAUUCCUUUUAGUGGUAACUUUUGGGAGUAAUGUUUCCAAGUUCUAUAUUUGAGUUGCAUAAGGCUGUAAGAAUUGGACUAUGAUGUAUCUGAAUAUCAUCUUUGGAAAAUGUAUUGUUUCAAAUUAAAUCAUUCAAUGAAUAUCCAGGCAGUGGAAGAAACUGAUAAAUUCUGCUAUUUUAAGGCAUAAGCUUCCACAAAGCUUCUUUGUUUUGACUGCAUUAGGCUAAUGAUUAUGUCCUCUUUGGUUAACAGAUUUAUAAUUGUUCACAGUAGGGUAAAAAAAUCAUUGUUUAGAAUUUAAAAUCAGUCCCAUCAAAAAUUCCAAUUUUUCUUCCAGUGUUACUUAUUCCUGCACAAAUAUAUCUGCAGAUUUGGGUUGGCCUGAAUAUGGAGAAGACUUCUUGUAUUCAUUUAUUGUAUGGGGGAAAUUUUUUUGUAUUAUUAUCAAAGGUGUUCAACAUAUGAGAUACGUGUUGAUCUGGAGGCGUGAAGAUGAAGGAUUGAGAAUCACAGUCAUUUUUAACUCUGCAAUUUGAUUUGUGCGUUGAAUAUUUUAUUUCUGUGACUUGAAAUCUGUACAGAAACAGUCAGCUUCUGAAUGCUGUAGUGAAUGCAGAAAGUAUGGAAUUUGUUUGCAAUUUUUCACCUUAUUUUUUGGUUUCUAUUCUGUCAGCUAAACCUCGGUGUAUUCCUUGUUCAUGCAAAAGCUGCCACUGUGUGGCAGAGACUAUUAUUACAAGCAAAUCUAGAUCCAGUGUAAAAUCCCAGAUUGCUUUCUUUAGAGAUACUAGUCUCUUUACCAGUCGAGGUUUAAAUUAUGUAAUCUUGUGUAAAUAACGGUGCUUGUCUGUUCUAAGUCCAAGAAAACACUCUGAAUGGGAGUUUGUAUAUUUAAUGUUGAUAGUAUGUUUGUGUCGCCCUAAAUUUAAGUUCUUGCUUUGUUUACUGUCGAAUUCUGUUCUUCCAAUGAAAUGGAUGAAUUUGUUUAUAAGGUGCUGUGUAAUUCAGUGUUUUGAUACCUAUUUUAUAACCAAGCACAUCUGAAGAUGCUUCAGGACUAUGUCAUAAAUAUUCCUUUAAAAACA